AUGUCUAUACCCAAGAAGCUACUUGCGCAGCGGUGGCUGCCAGUAGAGCAAUACCCGAUCACAAAAGCUCUCAACUCGCAUGUGUUGAAGAAACUUAAACGACGGACCAUUCUCCAGGCCAGCGUUGUGAGCGACAAACUCUGUGCGACCAAAGUUUAUACACUGACUCGUGUCUGUCGCGCAGCUGAUGUCCUCCAACGAGUAUCUCCUUACCUGAGUAAAACCUCACCCAUCGACAUCCUUGACCUUUGGCCCAAUGCUGGUGUUCUUUCCUCAACGAUACACAAUUACCUCCGCCCUCGUCGCCAUCUUCUUGUCGAGCCCGAACUGCCUUCCUUUGAACCUUGGCUACAGCGACUCGUGGACAGCGAUCCCAGUUAUAAAUUGAUAUCCGAGGAAAUCUACACUCGUCGAGACUGGUCGGAUGUGUUUGAAGAACACCUCCCAGAGCAACCGAGCUCUUAUCAGAAACAAGUCGACGGUCAAUCGCUCCCCAGGAAUGAUACCCUCCUUAUCCUGGCCAGUCCGCCCGUCCCGGCUCAGAAAGCAGACCACUAUACGCCGCAGCGGUGGUGGAGCGCAAUGAUGGAAAGCUGUAUGCAGCAGAGAGGUGUACAUAAAUACGGCAGUGUCCGAAUCCUGGCAUCCCUUCCACCGGGAGAGGUGGAAGUGGCCGAACGCAGACGGCCUGCCCUUUUGACAGAGACCAUCGCGGCGCAUGCCUUUGAAGUAGCCGGCUGCUACGAGGAAGAGGACUCCUGGGUGACCAUCAAACCAUUGGAAGUGACGCUGAAAGGCCGGGAGCGAGUCGCCGAAAGAGCUGCUGCGCAGAAUGUUAUCAUUCCAGCUGGCCGCGAGCCUCCACCCGUGAAAGUCGCUCCAGUGUCCCUUAAGCGCGAAAGAUCCGACGUGCCUCAUUGCCCUCGGAUCUUCACCGUGCGACACCAAACCCUCCUGGACGAGAUGGAUGCCGGGGAUCGAGAGGAUCCUGAAAUUCCUAUCGGGAAAUCGAAAGCGAAGACCGCGCGACAAAGAGCGCAAACUGCUCUCCACAAGGAGAAUGCGAUUGCGCACAGUCGACACGAGCUGGCCCGUUCUGCGGUUGGGAUCGACCAGGCGUCACAGAUUCUGUCCCGAGCAGCCGCAGACCCGAAUAAGACGGCGGAGGAACUUGAGCAGCUUGAUGCCAACGUUGGCGCCCGAAUGGAUGCAUUGGCCGAAGAAAUCGCAAGCCUGCAUCAUCGUCUGUAUAAAAGCUGGGAUCGCCUUGUGGAUGACUUCCGCACGAUGAAUGCGUCGGACAACUUUGACGACUCGGUCCUGCUGUUUGAUCGACGACCAUCGGAGCCAAUGCUCAUUGAUAAAUUCGAACUAUUCCCCCGCGAGCCACGCACCAUCGUGUACUUCGAACCCGACGCCAAUCCCGAGUUUCUUCAAAAGAUCCGCCAUUUAUCGAGAGAGCAGCGGCAACAUAUUGAGGGCCUUUUCGAGGCUUUGUCGUCCGUGUUUGGCCCCCGCAAUCACAUCACGGUCGGCGAACUGUUUAAGAUUUUGUUCCUGGACCGUCCCACGAAUGACAUUAUCAAGGCCGUCCCUGCGCUCGCGCCCUUUGUGAGGAAGCGUCUCAAGUCCGGCCACGGGCCCGUGCCACUGGCCGAUCCGACUGUGGACUCGAAUACCUGUUUCCAGGAGAACCUCGACUACGAUGUCAGCGAUAUCCGUCUCCGGUGCAUCCCCAGCGGAGUGAUGUGGGAUAUCCUGCUGGAGUACCAGAAGCACGCGCCGGGCAUCACUGCCAUCCAAUUCAGCCGCAUGAUCGGAGGCACGCUGACCUCGUUCCGAGCCGGACGCAAUCUGAUGGUGGUGCCGAAACGCAUGCACUAA